GUCAGAUAAAGUUGUUGAACCGCUAAACAAGCUUUCCUUUUCCACAUCCAAAUCGCUUUCCACUUAAAUAAAACCAGAAAUUUCCCUUCAAUCGUCUUAUCAAAUCCAUACGUAAAGGUUUAUUAUUUUAAGAAGAUUGAAAGAUUGUUGGAGUUUUACAUACAAGAAAAUAUUAUAUUUAUUAUAGAAAUAAUAAAUUAAAGAAUCAUGUUUACAAGAGUUUUUGGAAAACCUAAGCAAGAAGCUAAUGCUGUUACAACAUUAGACAAAUUAAAUGAGACACUUGAAAUGCUGGAGAAGAAGGAAAAAGUACUUCUGAAGAAGGCUUCACAAGAGGUGGAGAAAGCCAAAGAUUAUACUAGAGCAAAGAACAAACGGGCGGCAAUACAAUGUUUAAAGAGGAAGAAGCUCUAUGAACAACAAAUUGAACAGCUUGGAAACUUCCAAUUACGUAUUCAUGACCAGAUGAUUAUGCUAGAAGGUGCAAAAGCUACCACAGAGACUGUUGAUGCUUUGAGAACCGGUGCAGCAGCAAUGAAGGCCAUGCAGAAGGCAACGAAUAUUGACGAUGUUGACAAGACUAUGGAUGAAAUUAAUGAACAAACUGAAAAUAUGAAACAAAUUCAGGAGGCAUUGGCAACACCUAUGGGUGCAGCUGCUGAUUUUGACGAGGAUGAACUGGAAGCUGAACUUGAAGAGCUAGAAGGAGCUGAGUUGGAGGAACAACUUCUACAACCUGCCACGACCGCCCCUGCUGCUCCAGUGCAUGUUCCAGCUGGCAGCCAACCAACACGCCCAGCUCCUCGUAAAAACACCGCUGAGGAAGAUGAACUUGCUGCAUUGCAAGCAGAAAUGGCACUUUAAGAAAAGCCUAAGGAUCCGGUGGCAAUCAGAACUCUAUAUUUUGAGUUUACUGGAGAUGUGCUUGUACACCAUGAAAAACUGAAGAACAGUGUGUUAAAAGUUAUUUCUUGUAUAGUUGUCAUUGUAGACUGAAUAACAAGUUGGGAAGCCUGGAAUUUGUAACGAAACUGCCUGAGUGUUGUAUAAUAUUAAUUGAACAUCAUAAAUAACCAUACUGCUUUUGAGGUGAA